UUGGUCACACUGGCUCCAAAUCAAUAAAAAAAAUAGACAACAUUUUAGGAACGAAUUCAUUAUAAAGGACACAAUGCCAAAGAAAAUGGGAAUCAACUCGAAGGCGGUGGAAGCUCGCGAGCGCAAGGAGGCCACCAAGAAGGCCACGCAGGAGAAGAAGACCAAGGAGGCAGAGGAUCGCCUGUGGCGCGAUGACGACAAGAAUCUUGCCAAGAAACAACUGCGCAAGGACGAGGAGGAGCGCAAGCGGGUCGAGGCGGCCAAGCGAAAGGCGGAGGCCAAGGCGCUUCUGGACCAGGAAAUGUCCUCCAUCAACACGCAGCGCAAGCAGCCGCUGGCUAAGAUUAACCGCCAAAUGAUUCUCGAGGAGAUGGAGAAAAAGCAGCGCGUAAUCGAGGCCAUCAACGAGGCCAACAAGCCUGUGGCCGCUCGAGUGGUGGUCCAAAAUCACAUCGAGGAGAAUCUAAACCGAUCCAUGGCCGACACGGAUGUGGCGUCCAACAUUGACGAGGCCCUGGUGGUGCUCAGUGUAAAUGACAGCGAAGAGGACAAACAUCCCGAGAAGCGAAUGCGUGCUGCCUAUAAAACCUUUGAAUCCAACAAUCUGCCCCGCAUUAAGGCUGAGAAUCCCUCACUUCGCAUGUCCCAGUGGAAGCAACUGCUGAUGAAAGAGUGGAACAAGUCCCCGGACAAUCCCUUUAACCAGGCACGCUAAUAGAUCCAAGGACGAAUUUCAUCGACACCGCGACGAGUGUGCGUACUCUAGUGACUGUUUGCUGCCUAGCAGCAAAGAAAUAUUCAAAUCGUUCUGUAGCACCUUUGAACUAUACGCAGAAUGUAGUAUAUAAAAAAAUGUGGACGGAAUAAAUUUAUUUAUUUAUUUAAGCCCAGUGAGUAGAAUUUGUGUUGAUUGCAAAAGUGGUUAGCUAUUAUUAUAAUACUAAUUAUAAUAAUAUUUUAUUAUAAAUCUCAGUUAAAUGGAUAGAAAAAACACAAAAAAUGGGGUAUCAACAACUUGUACCAUAAUAUUUACAACCAACUUACUUUUAUAACUUUUUCAUAUAAGAACAAAUGACCUAGAAAUAUAGGUACAUAUCUAAAAACUGA